CACCAUCAACACAAUAACAAUGGCGGUGUUCUUCAAGGUGGGUGUGGUGGUGCUGGCGGCGGCUGUUGCUGCGGUCUGGGCUGGACCCAUCUACAACGACGCUGGCGGCGACAACGCAGGACCCGCAAUAUACACAUUCUCCUACGACGCCAACGACGCGGAGUCCGGGAACCAGUACGGCCACGCGGAACAGCGGGAUGGCACCAGUUCCUCAGGGGAGUACCGCGUCCUGCUGCCCGACGGCCGCACCCAAGUGGUCACUUACACCGUGGAGGGCGACGAUGGCUACGUCGCCAAGGUCACCUACGAGGGCGGUGGUGGCCUGGGACACAGUAGCGGCGGCUACGCAUAGGGACCAACUCACCUGUCAGGACACCGGAGGCCCCCAGUACUGACCACACUCAGGAGAGUACCGGGUGGAGUCAACACACCGGUAGCUAUGAGUAGAGACCAUACCCACUUACUAGAAUACCUGGAGCCUUCAGCUGCUCACUUGUGAGGAUACCGGGAACUUCAACACCCAGUAACAAUCACAUCCAUAUUUUGGGGACCUUCAGCUCCCCGGUAACCUCAUGAAUGGAGCCAUGUUAAGCCUACAGGUCAUCCCUAAGCAGACCGGUAAUAUUCAGCACCCGGUGGCUUGGAUUGGGAGCCAGAGACCAGCAGGAGCCAGACGCCCGUGAUGAAGCCCUGAUGACCUGUACUGAGGAAGACUUUCCACACACCGAGAAUCUAAAACUACUGUAUGAUCCGAGUUACUGGUGAAGCGUCUACGUCGUGUCUACGUCACCAUAAGAGAGAAUGAUGUAGUUAACCUCUAGUAUGUUGAGUGUGUGUGACAGUGUAUAUACUAGCAUGCAUGUGUGAUAGUGUAUGUAAGAGGAUGUGGGUGAGAAAGGGAAAGUAAGUGAGAAUGCACAUGAGUAAGCUGUACAGUUGAAGUAUUUCGUGCAUGAAAGAAUCAGCCAUCGUAACUGUGUGUGUGUGUGUGUGUGUGUGUGUGUGUGUGUACAUUGAAGUGUAUGUGAGAGAGACACGGACCUUCUCUACAUCUCAUUGGUUUCAUAAUAUACAAGUUGAUAAAAUAAUACUUAUACAUUGUAACUACUGUAUAAUGACGUCUUGAAAGUUUUAUCAUUAUUCCUAUUAUGUUACAGAUAUUUGUUGUUUAUUUGACCCUUUUUUUUUAUCUUACGUAUGAUGUGUGAAUUAUUGUAUUUUUCCUCUGGUACAAAUAAAAAUAUAAUGAAAUAAAAUAAUGAUCUCAGUACCUGUAUUAUGGAGUGACGUCAGAGGUUCAUUAUUGGUACCAUGUUCUUUUUGG